UGUAAAUUGUACUAUAUUUGUGGUUCAUAUUGUAUUGAUUUUUAUAUAGGAGGAGUUUGGACAUCUAGAGGCGAGUGCUGACUUUGCAUAUCAUGAAUGUUAUCCUGUUUACAGUGUCCAGCAAAUUUGAAUCAUUUAAGUGGUUGUAGAUUUUAAUUAUUUAAUCGCAUGGACUAAAGCAAUUCGCAAACCUGUGAUAAGCAAAGAUAUACCUCUUACGAUUCUGUUCAAUUUUUUUAGAAUAAUCAGCUACUUUGCUUUGAGGACCAGUUUAGGUAUUUUGUCAAUAGUAAUUCUUAAUAUUGAGCUUGGCUUAUUUUUUAUUCCAAAAAUCAUUAGAGCAAAAAUGAUUGACAUAUAAAUUUGUACUCUAUAGUGAAAAGAAUAACAUAAGAGAGCCA